CAAAAGAGAAUACUUGAAAAACGAAGCGUUAAGUGUAAGUCCGUACAAACUGUCUUUAAGAGCCAUGUAGAUUAUAGUAUUCAUUGUUGUUUACAGAUUGUUAAAUUUUUAUUGGUUUACUGGUUUACUUGGUCGUUUUGUCACUCGAUAUGUCUUCGGAGGAGGGUGAAGAUAAAAAGAGUUCACAAGGGGACGAAGAAGAAAAAGAGGAAAAGGAAGAAGCAGAUGAUGAUGAAGAAGAAGAAGAGGAAGAAGAAGAGUCGAUAAUUGCUCAUCUCAACCUCAGCGAGGACGUGCUCGACGAGUACCGUGAGGCGUUCGCUGUGUUUGACAAGGAAGGAGAGGGAGUCAUCACUCGGAAGAUCCUCACGAGCACUAUGCAGAGUCUGGGACAGAACCCUACGGAGGCAGAGAUACAGGACAUGAUCAAAGAUGUCGACGUGGACGGGAACGGAGAGGUGGAUUUUGAGGAGUUUGUAUUGAUGUUGCACAAAAGAAUGACUCAACAAAUCGAUCCUAAAGAAGAGCUGAAGGAUAUGUUUGACGUUCUAGACCGAGACAGUAAUGGACUCGUGAGCAAGCAUGAGUUGAAACACAUGAUGGCUCAGUUGGGCGUGCCCCUCACAGACAAAGAUGCAGAUGAACUGAUGGAUGAGAUCGACGAUGACAAGGAUGGAUAUAUGUCUCUGGAUGAUUUCAUGAACUAUAUGAAGUCAAGAGGACAUCUUGAUUAAUAAGUGAAAGUUUCACCAAAUUUAUGUUGUAGUGAUAACCAAACAAACAUUUAUAUUAAAAUUAUUUUAAAUCUAAAUUUGUGCUUUAUAUGACACUGUAGGCAACAAGACGAUGAUGUAAUUUUGAAUGUUAGAUAUUUCGCCGAA